ACGUAAACAUAAACAUAAAUAUAAACAUAAGCAGAUUUGAGUUGCGUUCCUUUGAAUACUUGAUCCUUUUGUGGGCCACAGUUUGAUUGACCGGAAGUUGCAUUAACAACACGCGCCAACGGAACAAAGCAAUACAAUAAGAUGGCUGGCGGCGGCAGGACAGCCGGCAAAUACGGUUAUUCCGACAACAAUUAUUACAGCAGUCACUCCUACAAAAGCAUCAACGAUGAAAUUAUACUGGUCAGCAUUAUAAUGGGCAUAACGAUCCUGGUACUCAUUACAAUCGCCCUGUGCUACAUUGCGUAUGAGAAAUGUCACAAGAAGCGUGAAUAUUUUAUCAACGCCUAAUAGCUGCUGUCUACAUAAAAAAUAAC